ACUUAACAUUUCCCUAAUACUUCUCUCUAUUCUUUACAUUGUGCUCUUUUUUAUAUACUGUUACUUCUGAAGUAGAACUAUGAGGAAGCAUGGAUGGCAGCUACCUUACCAUCCUCUUCAGGUUGUGGCUGUUGCUGUGUUUUUGGCUCUGGGGUUUGCUUUCUACGUGUUCUUUGCUCCUUUUGUUGGAAAUAAGAUGUAUCAGUAUAUUGCCGUCGCUCUUUACACACCUCUGAUUGCUGUUGUUUUUUUUAGACUCUACAUUAGGUGCACUGCAGCAGAUCCCGCAGAUCCUGGGGUUUUUAAGUCCAAACAGUAUCUUAAAAUUCCAGACAGUAAAAAGAUUGUUGGGCUAAAGAGUUCUAAACUAGGUGAAGAGUCAACCCCAUCAAUGCAUGAUGCAAAUGCUUCAACAGUUGGAGGAAAUUCCAUGGAUAGUGAAGCAUUUGGAACUGAAGGAAAUAUGAAGGAUGCUUAUAAUUCAGUUGAGAAGGCAAAUUCAUCAUCUUCUUGUUUGUCACGUUUCCUCGUGGUUUGCUCUCCUUGUGCCUACGUAUGUCGCUGCUCUGGUUCAAGUGAGAAAUCUUCUGAUAAGCAUACCAGUGAAGAUGGCAUGUUCUAUUGCAGUUUGUGUGAAGUUGAGGUCUUCAAAUACAGCAAGCACUGCAGAGUUUGCGAUAAGUGUGUAAAUCACUUUGAUCAUCAUUGCCGAUGGCUCAACAACUGUAUUGAAAAAAACUAUAGGCAAUUUUUUUAGCCUGAUGGUUGCUGCUAUGCUCUUGUUUAUUCUUCAAUGGUCAACUGGGCUCCUUGUGCUGGUUUGCUGUUUUGUUGAGAGGAGACAAUUUUCCAAAGAAAUAUCUUUGAAGUUGGGAAGCAGUUUCUCUAUGGCUCCCUUUGUUAUUGUUGUGUCUGCAU